AUGUCCACGGGGCCCAACCCAAGAGCAAACAUACCAGCCCAAAGAACAGCACAGAACGUUUUACCAAUUAAUGUUUGCCGGCAGAUGUCUGAAGGAGUAUUUGCAAUUAUUGGUCAGAAGACAAUGCAAACAGCAGAUAUUGUCCAAGCGUUUACUACGACAUUUCACAUGCCAUAUCUUACCCCUAGCCUAUCUCGGGAUACCAUUAGAAAACAUUCUAAAUAUGAGUUACAUAUGAAACCAGAUUUUACACAAGCUUUGAUUGAGAUGAUUAGUUUUCUCGAGUGGGAUCAUGUACAUUAUUUAUACGAUUCGGACGAAGGCAUGAUUCGCUUACAGAAGAUGUUUAAAUCGAUGAGAAAUGCGAGUAUAGCUUGGUUUAACGUGAAACGAUUUAACGAUAUACACCAUGUACAUGAAGAUCUCCGCCAGAUUGAUCGUGGAGAUAUCAACGCUACUAAAUCAUUCGUCCUAGAUCUUUCUUCUGAAGAAGCUUAUAAGAUAGUUUUAAAACAGAUUCCUGAAGUUGGAAUGAAUAAAUACGGCUACAAUUACUUACUGGGAACAUUGGAUUUUAAAAGUUUAAAUUUGUCUCGCUAUCGACAUGGUGGAGUCAAUAUAACUGGUUUUCAGUUAAUAGACGAUCAGAACAGCGACAAUCGAGAAUAUUAUAGAGAGAUGAAGAAAAUGAAAAUAACAUCAUCAGGCUUUGAUAGGAGAGAAACGAUACCGUCCAGUGCAGCGUUAAUCGUAGAUGCAGUUCUCUCCCUUGAUGAUGCCAUCGAGUCCAUGUUAGACAAUGAUACGGAUGUAUUUAGAUAUACAUUCAGACGGAAACAUGUAUAUAAUUAUAACAGAACUCGCGGAGUGCCCUGUACCACCGACCCCCCUACACCAUGGAUGCAUGGCAAUACAAUUUAUAAACUGUUACGAACGCGGAAGCCCCCUGGAGUUUCUGGCCAGUUAACAUUUGAUAAAAAGGGUUUUAGACAGGAUUAUAAACUAGGGGUUUAUACCGUCAAUUUGGAAACUGGGCCUUAUAAGCUGGGAACGUGGUCUUCGGGAAUCGGGUUUAGAAGUAUAUAUGAUGGCAGUCGAGAUAAAAACAGACAUGGUUACAGACCGCUGAAUAAUUCUACCACAAAAGUUAUAACCUCCAUAUUGUCCCCACCAUUUCUAAUGGAACAAACGCACGAUGAUGAUGGUACUCCAUUGAUUGGCAACGACAGAUUUUCAGGUUAUGCUAAAGAUUUAAGUGAUCACAUAGCUAAACUAUUAGGCUUUGAAUAUGAAAUUCGACUCGUUAAAGACAGGAAAUACGGCUCUAAAAAUCCGAAAACUAAAGAAUGGAAUGGUAUGAUUGGUGAAUUAAUCAGGCAUGAAGCCCACUUGGCCGUAGCGCCAUUAACAAUUACAGCCGACAGAGAACGAAACGUAGAUUUCUCCAAACCGUUUAUGAACAUUGGUAUCAGUAUUAUGAUCCGACAACCAGAUAAACAAAAGCCCGGUGUGUUCUCCUUUAUGGAGCCGCUCUCCUUCCAGAUCUGGAUGUGUAUAAUUGUAGCUUAUGUUGGUGUUAGUGUUGGGUUGUUCUUGGUCAGCAGGUUUAGUCCAGUUGAAUGGAAAAAAACUGAGAAUGGUUUAGAAAGUUUCCGAAAUGAAUUUUCAUUGAUGAAUUCAUUUUGGUUCUCCAUGGGCGCUCUUAUGUUCCAAGGAAGUGACGCUUGUCCGAGGUCUAUAUCAGGGCGUAUAAUAGGAGGUGUCUGGUGGUUUUUCGUUUUAAUAACGAUAUCAUCGUACACCGCUAACCUUGCUGCCUUCUUAACCAUUGAAAGAAUGUUAACACCUAUUGAGUCAGCUGACGAUCUGUCCAAACAAACUGAAAUCAAAUAUGGAAUGAUCACUUCAGGAACCACUAAAGAAUUUUUUAAGAACUCUGCCGUAGCUACCUACGCUAGAAUGUGGAAUUACAUGAGCACAACACCAGACGUCAUGGUCGAAAGUAUACAAGAAGGAAUUGAUAAAGUGCGGAAUUCCAAAGGAAAAUAUGCCUUUUUAAUAGAAUCGUCGAAUAAUGAUUAUGUUAACAACAGAAAACCAUGCAACACUAUGAAAGUUGGUCCCAAUUUAAAUUCUAAAGGAUUUGGUAUAGCAACUCCUCGGGGAUCUGAUAUGAGGGACAAGAUCACUCUUGCUGUAUUAACUUUAAAAGAGGAUGGUACAUUACAUACCUUACAUAGACGAUGGUGGUACGAGAAGGGUGAAUGUGGUAUGGACGGUGGGUCGAAGGACACAGGGAAACAGUCUCUAUCAUUAAGUAAUGUUGCUGGUGUCUUCUAUAUUUUAAUCAGUGGUCUUGUCUUCUCAAUAUUACUCGGAGUUUUUGAAGUUUUGUAUUAUAGACGAAAUAACAUGAAAGGAACAUAUCUACGUGGGACAGAAACAUCCCAAACUAUCGUCAGUAGCACACCCAAUGAAAGACCAGUAAACGAUGAUAGAGCACUACCUUACGAAAACUAUAACAACGAUAAAUUUGUUUCCGAGUAUACGUACAGUGCCCCGGGAACGAUAGGAUUUGACGGUUUUAAUAGGGACGGAUCUGUUCCAAUAGGGUUUGAAGGUUACAACAGAGAUGGGACGAGAUCCAUUGGAUUUGAAGGAAUAAACGGUGACAAUAUAAAUACAGUGAAUUGA